AUGGAGGACUUGCAUACAAGAAUUCUUGAUGACUAUCGUGAGAAUGCUUAUGACGUUAUCCAAUUUAAAUUAGUUGAUAACAAAGAAGCUAUAAAUUCUGUACAAGGCUUUAAUUCCCAGUUCACUCACCAGAUAUUUGGUGAGAGUGAGCAGAUAUUCGGAUACCGAAACCUCAAGAUUGAUAUUUAUUACACACCAGUUUUUUUAUCUACAUAUAUCGAUAUUUCUUAUUCGUCGAAAGUUAAUCCUGAACUUUCUAAAGGCGUUAUGCCUGAUGAUAUUAUGCACCUGUUAUCUAGUGUGUACACUUAUGAUGUCAGUAAAAAUCUUACUGAUUUCACCAAGAAAAUUGACGAAGAGUCCCACUUCACACCAUAUGGAACCCAUAGACACAGUUAUGAAAUUGCUUAA